AUGAAGCUGGCUUUUGCGCUUUUAUUUUGUUGGAUUACUGUAGCUUUUGGAGGCUUAGGAAGUUUGUUUAAGAAGAAAUGUCAAAGCGGAUCUUUGGCCGUUGUUCGUGAGUUUGCUUUGUAGUGUUUUAGGGAGUGGCAGUAACUUUGUGUUUUAGGUAUGAAUAUAUUUAUGAAUUAAAAUUGAUUUUAAUUCGGUAUAGAGAGGUAUAAAAGUAUGAUUGUCAGUGUUGAGAUUUUUAGCUUGUUUACUUGGCAAAACGUGCGUGGUAAAGCAAUUUGUUUGCGAGAAUGUUGGGGGAAAGAAUUAUUGUUGUACUCCACCUAAAGUUACCACUCCUACGACACCUACUACGCCGACCACACCAACGACACCUACUACGCCGACCACACCAACGACUCCCACAACUCCGACUACUCCUACCACGCCAACGACCCCGACGACACCUACCACGCCUACAACUCCGACUACUCCCACUACGCCGACCACACCGACAACUCCUACUACACCAACCACUCCUACGACACCAACCACCCCGACUACCCCAACUACUCCUACCACCCCAACGACUCCGACCACACCUACUACUCCGACUACACCUACCACGCCGACUACCCCCACCACGCCUACUACACCUACUACUCCGACGACUCCAACAACUCCGACAACGCCUACAACUCCUACUACGCCCACUACUCCCACUACACCUACAACUCCGACCACACCUACUACUCCAACUACUCCUACCACCCCUACUACGCCGACUACACCAACUACUCCCACAACUCCCACUACGCCGACCACACCUACACCAGCUCGUAAGUUUAUGCUUUAUGAUAUGGACGCUUUAAAAAAUAUAUUUUAUUUUUACAAAAUAAGCUUAAAGUUAAUGGAUCGUACUAUUUUUUAUUAUAGCUGCAUGCGUGAACGGAGAAGAAGACAAAACAAGCGACUGUCAACUACCUCAAGUCAUCGUUUUAUGCAACGAUCCUGUUUAUCACGAUUUGAUGCAACGAGAAUGCCCUAG